CAUACCCUAUAUCUGGCCUUCACUCUCUCCACAUAACUCAUCACCAGCUCUUCACUCCGGAUUAUUAUGACCGCACAUCACAGGAGAGAGCAGUGAACAGUGUGAUGUAACGUUGUGCCGUUGACAAGUCUUCGCACCCGUACGACACCAGUCGGAGAGAUCUGGCGAUGGUAGAUGGCAUCAAAAGUUGCGGCAAAACAGUGUGACUAGCCGGACAGACUUGCUUCACCGCAUUUGAGACGGGGACAUAGAACUAAAUAUUUUCGUUCGUGUGCGUUGGAUUGACCCGAACGACAUCUCGCAGAGCUACUCAAACGAGGCUUUCAAUCGAACUAAGCCUAUUCCUGUCGAAGAGACUGACAUGUUAUACCGACGCGAUACAAUGCAGGUUGAUGAAUGACGCACAUGCUGAGACGGUACAAUAAGGCAGCCCCUCGGCUUUAUACAGCGGGGCAUAGCCGAGCGCUGUUUCAUCCAGGCUCGCCAAACAACACGCGAACACCGUAAAGACACCGUGCGGAUGGCAGAGUUAUCAUUUCAUGUUUGAACUUAUGCAUCAACUUCGAGGAGGAUCAUCUGCUUCCUCAAAAGGUAGUGUUCUUCUUAUCAGACCUUUUGUGCCCUGAUCACGAAGGCAUUCACAAAAUAGGCGUAUACAUCAGCCUAAAAAGAACUCACAAUUUAUUUUUUUCUGGACAGCUGACUGUUCUCUUUUCGAACUAGCUACACAAACGUGAUCGUUAGCUACAACAAUGGAUGUUUGUACCGGUAUUUCCUUCACUUAUCACUAUUAAUGCCCCGCAGUAAAACGAUUUUUAUUAUCAUUUAUCGCUAUAUAAUUUAACAUUGACGUACCUACUAGUAACAGUGUUGAAGUGUAGCUUCAGUGUGUACUGUCGAGCAAAAGUAUUAUGAAUCGAGCAUCAAUUAGUGAUACCUCGAUUCCACCGCAUGGCUACGUGCCAUAACGCACAAUGGAUAUUCAGUUGCAAUGCACACGAGUGCACAACAUGUGUUGUGUGGAUGGAUUGAUAGAACCAUAGAUUGUAGAGAAUUUCAUUGUUCUGGAGGAAUUUUCUCCGAGUGACACGUGGACAAGGUAAGAGGAAGAAGUCUCCAACCUUUUCCCCAGAAAAAUGGGGACAGUUAUCAUGUUCGCGUUGAAAUAAUACGUUCACCAUGGAAUACUUCAAUUCCACGGAAAACUGGACAGCGAACAGCACGGAAUUGACUCCGACUGUGACCUACCCUUUCCCACCCAGUGGAUACCACAAUGCUCACAUCAUCGUGUGGAGCAUCGUGGUGGGACUGAUUAUCAUCGGCAUCGUGUUUGGUAACUCACUGGUCUGCAUCUCCGUGGUCAGGGUGCGUGCCCUCAAGGGUACCCAGUACCGAUUCCUGGUGUCCCUGGCGCUGGCCGACCUGAUGGUAGGAAUCCUGAUCGUCCCACUCAGCAUUACCAACGAGCUUCUGGGCUGCUGGGUGUUCGGCACCUUUCUCUGCCUCAUGUGGAAGGUGAUUGACGUCUUGGCGUGCACUGCUUCAAUCCUUAACCUGUGCCUUAUCAGUCUGGACCGGUACUACUCCAUCACCAGACCCAUCAAGUACGCCAAGUGGCGCACGCACCGCCGCGCGUAUUUCAUGAUCGGCGCAGUCUGGACGCUGUCUUUCAUCAUCUCCGUACCGCCGCUCUUCGGUUGGAGGAACGAGGACAAGACUGUCAACGGGUACUUCCUGUGCGAGGUCAGCAGCGACCCUGGUUACGUGCUCUACUCCACCAUGGGCUCCUUCUUCAUCCCGGCAUUCGUCAUGGUUUUUGUGUACAUCCGAAUAUGGGGUGCGGCCAAGAAACACGCCAGGACGAGCCUCGGACAGGGCAUCGGCGACCCCAGGCCAAGCCCGAGUCAGGCCGGCAAUUGCGGGAAAUCCACGGCCUACGAGCUGGUGGAUACUGAUGAGGCAUCCAGCCAGGCGGCCGGCGCCAUGUUGCGAGUGGACAAGAACCGCAACAACCAGAAUGGAGGAAAACUCUCUCCCCAGGAGCCUCCCGGCAGCCGGCGGUUCACGAAUAAUUCCAUGCUGUCCCCCAACUCGGCCAGUAGUGACAUACGCCGGAGGACUUCGUCUUGUGAUUAUCGUGAAGUGGACAGGAAACGCCGGAAAGUGGCUCAAGCACGCGAGCGGAGAGCGACUGUAGUCCUGGGUAUCAUUAUGGGUAGCUUCCUAGCCUGUUGGUACCCGUUCUUUCAACUCUAUGUCAUCGCCACGGUCUGUGGGGACGCGUGUAAUAUUCCAGACUUCCUCUUCAAGUUCGUCUUCUGGAUCGGCUACUGCAAUAGUGCACUGAACCCGCUCAUUUAUACCAUAUUCAACCGAGACUUCCGCAAGGCUUUCAAAAAGGUCUUGGGCAUCGGGCGGUGAAUGUCCGGGCGAAACAAAUCUGUCCAUGGCGGGAAUCGCAAGGUAAUCACUGGGGUACAAAUCCCAGGAUUUGGCAGUAAGUGGUAAUGGAUAACUGAACGAGCCGUAAGCCUAGGGCUUCUUCACUACUUCACGUUAUUGCAAAGUGCAGAGUGAAAUACACCCUUUUAAGUAAGUCAAUUAUAUUACCUUGUAAAAUGUUCAUUAAAACAACACGUGUUUAUAUUUUACAGUAACCAGAUAAGAUUGAUUGUUGUCACACUUUACGUCAACAUAUUUUUUUUGUUUCAAUAUUAGGCCUCGACCUCUCCGUACAAGUGUACAUACCCUUCACUCGGAGUCAAGCACGCUUAUACCCA